CUUCCCCCACUCUUUCAACUUGAUAAUUCGACAAAAAACUGGCGCCUGUUGAAGAAUGACUGCCAUUUCGCCUGUGGCGGACCCUCUCGCCGUCUUACCUCCUGAGAUAGUUCUACGCAUCUUGGAGUUCACCCCAGUCUCCGCCGUCGCAUCUCUUACCGCAGUCUCCAAGGCUUGGCAUGAAUUUAUCGACGUCACGCAUCAAGAGGCCAUCUACAACUCCGAUUCCAAAACCGCCCAACCGCCAGGAGGGAACCGUGAUUUCUCGUUUCUUUCGGACAAUACCAGUUUCACAAAACUAUUUGAUGAUAUAGCGUCAUGGAAGGAUCUUUGUAAGCGCCAGACACUGCUCGCUCGUAACUGGGCCGAGUCCCAACCAGUUUGCCGGGAGUCAGUGGUGCAAAUCGGCAACGACCCUGUCUGGCGAUUUCGACCGGACUUCAAGCGUCGGUUCUUCGUUUCUACAUCCCAUGCGGGUGGGUUAAAUGUCACUGAUAUGGAUACGGGCCAGAUUCUGUGGCGUCUUCCUUCCACGUUAGAUAGUGACGAGGAUGCGGUUCGUCCAUACGCGCACCUGGAGUAUCAGGACGGGAUGGCUGUAUUUGAUCGCGAAGGGGAUGCUGUCGAGGUAUGGCAGGCAGGGCUAGAAGGCGCAGCACGUGGAGAGUUCCGGCGUAUCGCGGUCUUGAAUCACGAUUGUCAGACAAGAGGCUUUCAGUUGUCUUACUGGACACUCUGCGUAGUGUCUAGCCAGGGACAGGGUUUUGUGUAUGACAUGACACAACGACCUCCCAAGUUGACCACCCAUGUUGAGAUCGAGCAUGGCGCCAUUGGUCAUUUAGACCAAAGCAAAGAUGCCGUGAUUUACUCCAUGGGGCCGGGAGGCUAUCAUGCCUAUGACAAACAGUCAGGUGCGUUUUUAGGUGCUUUGCAGCCGUCUCAUUGUACCGACAAGUAUCAUAUACGUCCACCGGCUGUUAGUUCUAUCUCGGCGAGCGCGGCACUAGCGGGAGCGAUGCGACACUUUCCGCCAAAUCGAACAUUUCCUCUUGGAGCACCUCGCAAAGAUAGCCUGAUACCACUCAAGAUUGCCAAAGGCCCCCUCCCACCGCCCAGUGACCCUGGGCAUGUCAGGCAUGGUGAGGACGAGUGGGGAGCUGGCAUGUUGCACGGCAACGUUUUCGUCGGCUUCUCACGCGCUGGCCGUGUCUUCAUUUGUGCCGACUGGCGCAAAGCUCUGCACGGCCCAGGUAGUCUCGCAGCGCACAGCUCCCUAAUUGAAUGCGAGUCGGAUGGGUCAGGCUUUGACCUGGGUGGCUGGUUAUCUGUGCACAACCACCGCCUGAUGUUCGAAAUCGAAGACCGGAUUUAUAUUGUGGCACUUGACGAUGAUAAUAGAAUUCAAGACAUCGAUUGUCCCGCUCGCGCUUCAUAUUCACUUCUCACUAGCUCUGCGCCGCAGCUCGCUGUGCCGGUUAGUUUCAUGGCAUUGUAUGAUGAUGCGAUAAUGACCACUUACACUGCACUCGGUUGGCGCCAACCACUCCCAGGCGAUGCGGCUCCCCAAGAACAUGAAGGUCACACCCGCCUCUUCCCGACUAAAGCCAUCCGCAUCGUCAGCUUAGCCCCGGACCUUUCUGAUGACAAGUCUUCAGCCGAUACAGCCCAAGCCACAACAGCGGUGAGCUCUUCGGCGCCAGAGGCUUGGCGCUCGCCAACACAAGCUGGCCUGCUGCAGUUGGUUAGUAUGCUGGGUAACGAGCUUGAUGACUUCGAUGAUGGGCUGGAGAUGAUGGAAACAGGAGAUGACGAUGGGGAGUGGGAGGAUACGGAUGAGACUGAGAAUGAGGACCAUGAUCAGGAGUAGACGGCUGCACGUGCACCUGAAUCAACCUACACCUGAGUCCUAAACAAGGUUUGCAUCUAAGCAUCGCCUUUCUCCUGGCUGAUCUUGACCCUCCUG